UUCACCGAUGUCGCUUGUCAAAAAAGCAAACAUAAUAUAAUACUAGAAAAGCUAAGUUUAUAUCUUUAAUCUACCCUCAGAGAUAAAUUACAUACAUAUGUCGCGGUGGUUGGACUAGGGUGAACUGAGAAACUUAAAUUUGAUAUUAUUAUGGGGUGUUUUUGGUCUAAGGAGAAUUAUCAGCGCUGCACAUAUUGUAAUAGGAAUGCUGUAAACGAAUCAAACGAUAUUUGUCAGAUUUGUAAAGAUGUUACACAAAGUGGAACAUACGGGCAACUAUUUUUAUCAGAUAAAAGACCGCAUCAAAAUCGAAGCGAUACCGUUGUUCCCUUUUUUGGAGAGUAUAAGUGUAAAUCAUGUGGUCGUUUCUGGAAUAGUCGCCUAUGUUGGCCUGAUUCAUACCAACUCUGCAAAACAUGCUCCAAGCCAGUAUAUGCUUAUUACUUUAGAGCAUUACAUUCAUCAGACUUAUCAAAUUCAAAUGAUAAUACGAAAGAACAUCCUAAAGAACUUUGCGAAAAGUGUAAGCAACAGGGCCAUUACUGUGGAGCUAAAAGAAGUAUUCAGUAGGUAAUGGGUAAAAUUACAAGUUUUUCUGGUCAAUUCAAUAUUUAUGUACUUAAGAACAUUUUUUUACUUGAGUGUUAAGUAUUAUUUUGUGUUAUGAAUAUAUGAAUAACUUAACCUACAAUAGGUUAAUAUAUUAACAUAGUAAA